AUGACAUUUGCCAUGCUGCGCACAGCGCCUCCUGCAGGCCGCUUCUUAUAUGGCGACAUCGCACUCCUGUCCGAAGAUGAUGAUGAGAACGGGAGUGAGGGGUCAGGCUCUGAGGAGCGUACCACCAACUCCUCCAACUCUGCUGCCUUCCGCCUGUCCUCCUCAUCCCCAUCUGCUUUUCACAUCAAGGUGAACAGGAAGAGGAAGCUCUGUGGGGGAGGAGGGGGAGUUGGUGUAGGGGGCAUGGCGGGGAGGCUCGGCCCCCCGGGCUCGUCUCCCCCUGUGGAGGUUCGCCAGAGGACCGCAGCCAACGCGCGGGAGAGAGAUCGCACCAAUUCUGUCAACACAGCAUUCACAGCGCUGCGCACACUCAUCCCCACCGAGCCUGCAGACAGGAAGCUGUCAAAGAUCGAGACGCUACGUCUGGCCAGCAGCUACAUCAGUCAUCUGGGGAAUGUCUUGCUCCUGGGUGAGGGGCUUCAUGACGGACAGCCGUGCCAUGCCCCCUCACCACCGUUCUUCCAUGUUAACUCCUCCCCCAAUCGAGGAUCUGACCAAUCAACUCAGCCCAAGCACAUCUGUACUUUCUGCCUCAGCAACCAGAGGAAACUUAAUAGAGAUACAGAAAAGGAGAACUUGAUCCAAUGCAGGUUUCAACUCACCUUUGAUUGA